AAGACAGGUGAGUGGCGUUGUUGUAGAUUAUGAAUUCAAAAGAACAACGGUUAAUCGUGUCUCGAUGUAUGAAGUUUAUUUUAUUUUCAUAAAUAGUGGAUGUAACGCGAGUUCAAUAAAGUUUUUGUUUUAAGCACCAAGCAUUAUUCUUUCAUAUACAUUUAAAAAAUAAUCCAAAAAUGGCUGAUUUAAGUAAAUGGGAAUCAAAUAUACAGAAGACUAUUAUAAAACUUAAAAGUACAUUGUCUCAAUUGCAUAAAAUAUGGGAAGAAAUAGGAUUCAGCGAAGAAGUACGUGCCACAUAUUGCGAACAAGCAUUUAAUCAUAUAGACGAUCUAUUUUGCGAGAUGGUUUCAGAAUCAGAACAUAAAAAAGAAACGCUAUUAGUUGGUAUUAGAGAGUUAAUAGAACAAGUUGGUACUUUAGCAAAAGAAUUAGGUACUAAUGUUAUGGUUGCUGGAUAUGAAGAUUUACCCUUAAAAGAAGUAGAACAAGUGCUGCGCACUGAUUUACAUAAAUUACAAUAUUGUAAGGAACAACGAAUAACACAUUUAAGAGAACUACUUACAAAAGAAAGAUCCUUAUGUAAAAUGUUAGGUACUCAGCCAAUUAAUAUAGAAGACAAAGUACCUUCAGAAGAGGAACUUAAUAGUUUUAAGCUUUAUCUUGAAAAACAAGAAGGUGAAAAAAAUCGUUUAGAAGUUAUUUUUAAUGAAAUGCGUAGAGCAAUUGUUAGAAUGAUGGAUGAUUUAGGCAUUUCACCAUCAUCAAAUUUUGAAAAUUUAGUGUAUGAAAAUAGUGAAGAUUUUGUUUUUACCAAUAACAAUAUGACCAAAUUAAAAGAAUUUCGAGAUGAACUUAAACAUAAAGUGGAUACAGCAAAAGAACAUGUAGAAGAUAUUAAACAAGAAUUAAUUGCAUUAUGGAAAUAUCUGGAUGAACCAGAACAUAUUUGUCAAUCAUUUCUUAAUAGUUAUAUAGGAUAUAGUGUAGCAACUAUAAAUGCAUUAAGUACAGAAUUAGAACGUUGUAAAGAAAAAAGAAAGCAAAAUAUUGCCAGAUAUGUAUCACAAGUAAGAUCUGAGCUGGUUAAAUUAUGGGAUCUAUGUAAAUUUAGUGAACAGCAAAGAAGACAAUUUAUACAUUUUAAUUCUCAUACAUAUACAGAAGAUUUAUUAACAUUACAUGAAUUAGAAGUAAAGAGAAUCCAAGAAUUUUAUGAGACCAAUAAAUCUAUAUUUGAACUUUUACAAGAACGUGAUAAUCUAUGGACAAAAAUGAAAGAAUUAUUACAACGUGCAAAUGAUCCAGAUCGUUUUUAUAAUCGUGGUGGUCAAUUAUUAAUGGAAGAAAAAGAACGUAAAACUAUUCAAAAAAAGUUGCCAAAAAUAGAAGAGCAAUUAAGAAAUUUAAUAAAAGAUUAUGAAAGUAUACAUGGAGAAGUAUUUACUAUUAAUGGAAUGUCAGUAGAAGAAUUAUUAAAAGAAUCAUGGGAACAUUUAAAUGAAGAGAAAGAAACAAUAAAGAAGGCUAGAAAAGAAGGAAAAGACAAAUCAAUAAAGAAAGCAACAUUAAGUGCUUCUAAAAAAACUAUUUCAAAUUCAUCCAAAAAAACACCAGGCAUAUUAAGUACUCGUCGUCAUACACCAAUUAAUUCAUCAAAAAGAAAACUUUUAUUUAGUCCAUCUCCAAAUACUUCUGCAAAACGUAGAAAUAUAAGUUUAGGAGGAAGUGGAUCUAAAAUUAAAAGAAGCAGGAAAAUUCCUAAGAAAAUAUUACAUGUAAAAAAUAAUAAUAAAAAAGAAAACUUUAUAUCACAUAAUUCAACUGCUACAGAUACAACAUAUAGUCAAUUUAAAGAACAUUUAGAAGAUAAAAAAGAAUUACGUAGUUCUUUAUUACCAGAACAAGUAUUAGCAAAUGCAAGUAAAUCUAAAAUAAAAUCCAAACCAGUGCGAACACCUGCUAAGCCAUUAAGAAAAAAUUUACCAUUAACAACUACACCAACAACUCCAAAAUUAUCACAAUCACAAUUACAUAAAUCGCCUCGUAGUCCAAGAAUUGCACAUUCAUCAAGACUUGCUACUGUAUCAACACCUUUACCUAUAAUUUUUUGAAGUAAUAUAAAAUUUUUAUUUAUAUAAUUAUUAAUAUAAUUGAUAAA